AUGGGUGGGAAAAUUGGAGAAAUAGGGCUGAGAAAGAAAGAGAAUGUUUUUAGGGCUUUGAAAAAGAGGGACUUCAAUACCUAUGGUAGUCGUCGAGGCAAUGAUGAGGUGAUGGCAAGGGGUGCAUUUGCCAAUAUUCUCCUUGUUAACAAGCUCUUGAAGGGGGAAGUUAGCCCCAAGAUAAUUCAUGUCCCAACAGGAGAUAAACUCAAUGUAUAUGAUGCUGCAAUGAAGUACAAGGCCACCGGGCAGGACACCAUUAUCUUAGCUGGAUCAGAUUAUGGAAGCGGCAGCUCACGAGAUUGGGCGGCCAAAGGCCCAAUGUUAGUGGGAGUCAAAGCAGUGAUUGCUAAGAGCUUCGAGAGGAAUCUGGUCGGUAUAGGGAUCAUAACAUUUUGUUUCAAGGCUGGAGAUGCUGAUACACUAGUAUUAACAGGUCUCGAGCGCUAUACAAUUCACCUACCAAGUAAAAUCUGUGAGAUAAGAGCAGGCCAAGAUGUUACCAUCACAACCGACACCAGAAAAUCCUUCACAUGUACUGUCCGCUUCAAUACAAAGGUGGAAUUGGCUUACUUUAAUCAUGGUGCAAUACUUCCAUUCAUCAUUCAAAACCUUAACAAGGAGUGA